AUGGAACGUUUGAUGAAGGAACAAUCCGACUUGGCUCGAUUGCGUGAACAACUGGAAGAGAGUAAGCGCAAGCUGGAGUCUGAAGAUACAAGCUCGAUUGAGCCAUCGCACUCGUCGAACGGUGUCGCUUCCUUCACGCCAUCAUCUUUUGCGCUGAUGGGUCCAAGCGCUCCACCCAACGGGGCUUCAUCUUACGGAGCCUCUACUAGUCGAUGGAGUCCACCGAAGCUGGAUAUGGUGUCGUCCUUCUCGUCUUCUUUCGUCCCUUCGUCGCAGCCUCCCCCAGCACCGAGUGCGUUCUCGUCAUCUCUAACGCCAUACACGGCCCCGUCGUACCCGUCGUAUUCAUCAGCGACAGGUACAUCGGGGUCAAAUUCGUCACCAGAUGUUGAGAAUGGUAUUAUCCGACUGCAGCGAUCAUCUACGUCGAUCGAGACCACGUUGCACGAACUGCAGUCCAAGAUGGAUCGACUGCUGAACUCGCAGCACUCGUUGAAAUCGACCAAGUUUGUGGCAAGCUCUAGCAAGUACAGUGGUGGAUCAUCCCUAUCAUCCUCCUCGUCCUCGUCGUCUUCUAUGCUUCUGAAGAAUCUGGAAAAGGCUCUUGCUCAACGUGACGAGCUCCAGGCAACCAACUCUCGACUUGAAGAAGCGAACAACGAGCUCGAAGCGAAUGUGGAAGAGCUGCAGAGUCAGCACGAAUCGCUUCAGAUGGAGAACCGGUCGCUCCUGGACAAGCUGCAGAACGGGAACUAUUUACAGCAAGAGAAGUUCCGCUUGGAAUUGCGCAGUGUGCAGCAGCAGUUGAGCCACACACAAGAGCAAAUGCUGGUCUACCAGGAAGAGAAUUACCAGCUUCGAGCUCAGUUGGCUGCGAAGGAUGAACAGCUCGCCAAGGAGAAGACGAAGCUGCAAGAAGAAAUGCACAAGCAGCUGGAACAGCUGCAGCAACAGGUUAAAGACGACGUUCGUCAAGGCUCGAAGGAUGCCAUGGAACGAACGGCGACGGAGAAGGCUGCACUUGAAGCCCAAGUCGCAGAGUUGACCGCGCAGAAGAAACAGUGGGAAGUGGAGCGAGAGACGAUGAACAACAGACUGAGUCACGCGCAGAAUCAACAGGUCCAGCUACAGGACGAGACAGUCAAGUCUCAGGCCGCUCAGAACUCGCGUGUUCAGGAGCUAGUGGCGCGUGUUCAACAGCUCGAGGGUGAUUCCAAGAUGUUGAAGCAGCAAGCAGAAGGAUUUCACUCGGAAGCACGACACUUUGAGGAGCUGUUGGCUUUAAAAGAACACGAAAUGACCCAGUUGCAGUCUGCAAAGAAUGACCAGGAGUAUGCGGCGCUGAGUGAGCUCUUCAAGGAGUUCAUGAACGAUAUCUACUUCCAUUUCCAAGACGCAUUCGAUGAAGACACGGAGUUUACGGGGAAAGAGAUUGUCAUGGCUAUCCGGAAGAUCUUGAAGCAGAACACGAUGGAUAUUCUAGCCAAACUCGAGGAAUUCUACCAGCAACAAGCACUGCAACGUCAGUGAAGGUAGCUAGCGGUCAUGAUUGCUUUCGGAUUGCGAGAGAUGGCGAUGGAACUGUCUCUACGUGGAGGCGGGGAUGUGAAUCUAAGGAAAGGAUGCCGACC